CAGUCCGACAGCUUUGUGUUUCAACUGACAAGAACAUGCCCACACCUCAAGAGCAGACGGGUUCUUUCACUUGACAGUGAUUUUAUUGAAGCAAGACACCAAAAGGAAUGGCAGACGAGUUGCACAUACCGGAGAGAAGAAUGGUCCUGAUUGGUGAUAGAUGGGGUGGUAAAAGCUCCUGUGGCAACACCAUACUCAGGAAAGAAAGUUUCGAAUGUGGCCGGACGAGAACUUCGCAGUUUGAAAUGAGGCAUGAAAAAGUAGAGGGACGAAAUCUAGUGGUGGUUGAUGCCCCGGGAUGGACGCCCGCACGGUCUGUCAGAGAGAUACCAGAGGGGGAAAAACAACGAUUCAAACUAAAUGUCUGUAAAUGCCUGCCUGGGCCUCACGCUAUCCUCCUUGUCAUUCCUAUUGAUUCUGCCUACUCCAUCGACCAGAGGAAAACUGUGGAGGAACACAUGAAGGUCCUGGGGGAACAGGCAUGGAGAUACUGCAUGGUGUUGUUCACUUGUGGGGACUUUCUGGCAGCGAUGACCAUUGAACAGCACAUCGAGAGUGAGGGCCCACAGCUCAAGUGGGUGAUAGAAAAGUGCAAAAACAGGUAUCACGUGUUAAACAACAAGGACAAGAGCAACUCAUCUCAGGUCACACAGCUGUUAGAGAUGAUUGAUGAGAUGGUGGAAGACCACAACGGAGGCUUCUACAAGCUCGACGAGUAUACACUUCUCACCAUUGAGAAAAAACAGGAAGAAGUGGUUAAAAAGGCCGUCGAGAGAAGGAGGCGGGCAGAAGAGCAUAGGAAGCAAAUGGAAGUGGUCACUGCGGAAAUAAGCAUCCGGAAUCUUCAGAUCGUUCUCCUGGGGAGUCGGUUCGUCGGGAAAACCUCCGUAGGAAACACCAUCUUGGGAGUCAAAGAGCAUGAAAGGGGAAGGACAACUCAGUCGCUGGUCCAACACGGCUCUGUAGGUUGGACGAAGAUAACAAUUGUGGACACGCCAGGCUGGUGGAAAAGCUUUGCUGCCUGCAACACUCCAGAAGUGAUCAAGGAUGAGGUGAAGAAGAGCAUCUUCAUGUGUCCUCCAGGUCCCGAUGUAUUCCUCUUCGUGAUAGAUGCAGAAUCCUCCUUCAACGGCAAGCACCUGGAUGCAGCCACCACUCAUGUAGAGCUGCUGGGGGAGGGCGUGUGGAACCACACCAUGGUAGUUUUCACCAGGGGUGAUUGGCUGGGAGGGCGCACCAUAGAGGAAUACAUUGAGGGAGAGGGGAAAGCCCUACAGUCUCUGGUGGAUCGAUGCGGCAACAGAUAUCAUGUUCUGGACAACAUCUAUGAAGAUGAUGGCACUCAGGUCAACCAGCUGAUGGAAAAAAUUACUGUGACAAUAGCAGGGAACCAAGGCCGACAAUUUGUACCCGAUAACCAGAUGCUGAGGGCCCUGAUGGAGAAAACAAGACAAGUAGAAGAGGCUGCCAAGCUGAGGCAAAGCCAAGUGAAGGCUACACGAGCAGUCGGGAAAGGUUCUACCUACAAGUUAAAAGAGCUUAGAAUUAUGAUACUUGGUCAAAAGAUGGCUGGAAAGACCUCCGUAGCAAAUUACCUCUUGGGAAACUCUGUGUUCCCCACCCAUCCAAACAGAAAGUGCAAUGUGCAGACAGUGCAGGUUGCUGACAGAGAAGUCACAGUGGUCGACACAAUUGGAUGGCAUUGCGAGUCCUUCCAUAGCUGCAAGGAGCAGGACCAAGAACUAGUCAACGGUCUAACGUUGAGCCCAAAUGGUGUCCAUGCAGUUCUGAUAGUGAUCCCAUUGGACCUGAAAUUCAAGGAGGAUGAGCAGGAUGCCCUUGAGGAUCACAUGAAGCUCUUUGGUGACCUUGUCUGGAACCAUACCAUUGUUUUGUUCACAAACACGGACAUCCUGGCAGAUAUAUCUCUGGAGGAGUACGUUGAGAGAGAGCCCCAUGCGCUAAAGUGGCUGUUGGACAAGUGUGAAAACAAAUAUCACACUUUGAAUACAACAAAGAAAGCAGGUGUGAACCAGGUCACCCAACUGUUUGAGAAGAUAGAGGAGAUGUCAGCAAAGAACAAGGGCCACAUUUUCCGCCCUGACAGGAAUGAAAUCAAUCAAAGGAUUGAAGAAAAGUUCCAAAAGAAAAAACUAAUAAAUAGUCUUGAGGACUCAAUGAAGGCGGUGUGCAGAAGUCAGGAGUUGCAGCUCCUGGAAUUAUUCAAGAAGAAGCUUCUUGCUCUGCACAAGGACAUAACAGACAUUCAUUUAUUUCCAAAGCAUCUGAGCGUCAGCAAAAAGGACAAGGACAAGAAGAAGAAUGUGCUGUCAAGCAUUGUUGAAGAGAUGAACGAGCUGGAUAAGACCAUUAAGCGAUUAAGAGACAGCAGUAUGUCCUUCCUGCAGCCUACGAUGAGCACUAGCGCACCAAACUCUGACAAUGUUCUGGAAUGGCUGGAAUGGAAAGUCAAUCGGAUGAUCAUCAAUCAUUCAAUGACGUCAGACUACGGAUCUUCGUCUACGUUAAAUGACAGUUUCUAAAGUUUAUUUACAGGAUGGAUUAAUUUUGCUGUUUUUCAGCGCUAUGUACAAUUCCACAAAACUGCUUGCUCAGUGUUUUCCAUUUGCUGUAUCCCAAAAUCUUAACUUUGGGAUGCUGAACGGAGUGGCUCUUUUAAAUGAAUCAAAAUUAUAAUAUUUUGAAUUAUGUAUA